AUGAGGUUGACUAAUUUCAUUCUCACUAUCGUCGGCAUCAGCGCAGUGGUUCUCCUGCUAAGGAGCGACGUCAAGCAGUCCGCCGUCAUUCUCCGCCACAACGUCAAGCACAUCCGUACCUGGCUCGAAGAAGAAUCAGCCGCCGCUUCCAAGUAA